CCCCCCCGGUUGACGUCUUCGGGGAACGAACCCCGCAUCGCCCAGUACGCUUGAAGCAUACACUACCCGCUUAGACUGGGACUCCACCCCGUCAUAGGCAAGCUCUCAACUAGCUACGCCUCGACAUACCGCCUCAUACCGCCUCUCCUUCACCAUGGAUGGCAUCGGAGAUGCCCCCGAGGGCAUGGGCUUCGACAUGCCCAUCCUCAUGAGCAACCACCAGCAGUUUUUCGGUGCCUACGGGUCCGACGGGUCGCCGAUAGGUAUGCAGCAGAACAUGGUCUACCAGGAUGAUCCGUCGAUGGGCGUCGGGGACGACAGCAAUGAUCCCAAGAGACGGAGAAUCGCGCGGGCUUGCGACAUGUGUCGGAAGAAGAAGAUCAAAUGCGACGGGAAGAUGCCCAAGUGCUCGCAUUGCAUCAACUACAAGACGGAAUGUGUCUUCACCCAGGUUGAGAAGAAACGGAAUCCGCCGAAAGGUGCCAAAUAUAUCGAAGGGUUGGAAAAUCGGCUGGGAAGAAUGGAGUCGCUGCUUCGUCUCUCUGGCCUCCUGUCAGAGGAAGAUGGCGGAAAGACGGAUCUGGGAACGCUGGAGAAACGCCUGGCCGACCGAUCGCUGGCGAACGGGGGGCUCAAUGGUCCUAAAAGUCCGAAUAGAUCCAGUGCUUCCGCUUCCAACGCCCAAUCGCAACAGACCUCAUCAUCCCAUCAUUCUACACCGCGUGUAGAUUCCCAGUCCAGCCCGCACACCGCUGCUACGUCGCCAGAGUCGCAGAAGGAAUCAGAGACUGAGGUUGAGGGUCUGUCGGAUAUGAUGUGUUCGCUGGUGACGAACAAUUGCGGGGAGACACGAUAUAUCGGAUCGUCUUCUGGUUUUUCGAUAUUCUCGCCGAAGGGCAUCCAGUGGGUCAACGAAAAGACGGGCGACACUUCGUUUCAGGAUAUGAUUUCGUCCGCUUACAUCGAUGACAACAAGUGGAUGUAUUGGAAGCCCGAAAUCUUCAGCGACAUUUUUGCUCGUCGUGUCUUCAAGCCACUGCCUCCGAAAGAAGAGGCGAUCUCUCUGUUCAAAGACUUCUUCUCAAAUUUCAAUUGCAUGUUCCCGCUCUUUCACGAGCCGACCUUCAUGCACUUGGUCGAGCGGCAGUAUUCUCGAGAUCCAUAUGAAGGCUCUGGGUGGUGGGCAAGCAUGAAUGUCGUCCUGGCCAUCGCGCACAGAAUACGCGUUAUGAGUAAUCUGGUGCCUCAAGAUGAGGAUAAGAAAGGAUGGCUCUACUUGAAGAAUGCCAUGGCUGUUUUGACUGAGCUUACUAUGAGGAAUACGGACCUGCUAAGCGUGCAGGCGCUGCUGGGCAUGUCUCUUUUCUUGCAAGGAACGCCCAACCCUCAGCCGUCGUUCUUCCUGGUUGCGGCCGCCAUUCGGCUCUCCCACAGCAUCGGUCUCCACAAACGGGGCUCUGGAUUUGGGUUGAAUCCGGUGGAAGUGGAACAGCGGAAACGGGUGUUCUGGAUUGCUUACCUUCUGGAUAAGGACAUCUGUCUCCGGUCCGGCCGCCCACCUGUCCAAGAUGAUGAUGACAUGAAUGUUGAACUACCGAGUGAUGAUCCUCCAGACAACAUUGGCAAUGUCCCAUUAUCCGACGGGGGCAAAUUUAAUCUGUUCAGGUCUAUGUGUCGCUUUGCCACCAUCGAAAGUCGAGUGUACAAGCGACUCUAUUCUGCGAAAGCAUCGAAACAGUCUGACGGAGAACUACUGAACACAAUUGGUGAGCUCGACAAGGAACUCGAGGAAUGGAAGGACAGCAUACCUCUGGAAUUCCGGCCGGAGAACGAAAUCAAAGCAACCUACUCGCCUCUCAUCCUGCAUGUUGUCGUUCUUCAUUUCUCUUAUUACAAUUGCUUGACCACAAUCCACCGCAUGUCGGUACAUCAUGGUUACUGGACGAGCCGACUCUCCAACUACGCAAUCCAGGGACUGAAUGCCAGACCGCUGAACCCGAGGGUGUUCUUGUCUGCAGUCCUCUGUGUAACUGCUGCACGAGCAUCUAUCAACCUCAUCAAAUACAUACCGCAGGGUGAUUUCGCCUGUGUUUGGUUGAUACUUUAUUACCCCGUCUCUUCUCUGGUUACUUUAUUCGCCAACAUCCUCCAGAACCCCAACGAUGCCCGAGCGCGCUCGGACGUCAAGCUGAUGAAUGUGGUGGUGAAUUUCCUGUCCACGCUUGUCUCGGAUGAGUCGAAUGGAAGCGUCAAGCGCAUGCUUUCCCUCUGUGGCGAGUUUGAGCGGAUCGCGCAGGUAGUCCUCGACAAAGCGGAGCGGGACUCGCACUCGAAAAAGAAGCGCAAGGCAACCCAUGAUGAUGCAAAGAAUGCGCCGCAACACGCUCCUAAUAACAAUCACCCCCCCACUACCCCAGCACCCAAACCAGCAGACCCAGCACCACCGCGACCACCAACCGCCACAAACGUCCCCUUCUCGCCGUCGUUCUCUACUCCUCGAACCCAGCCUCCCGCCAGCAACGGACCCAGUGAACCGCCACGACCCUUCCCAACCGAACAAACACAACCUCUCCCGUCAACAAACGGCUACACCCCCACUCUCCACGACAGCAUGCAAGGCCUGUCUGGACUCGGCCCUGAUUUCGAAAUGCUGAGUCCCAAUAACUUGGAGGGUGUCAAUUUCGCCGACCAAGCACCUUUCACAACAAGCCCUGACACCCCUCUCCCAGCCUUCCAGCAACCCUUCGUCCCCCAGGAUCUAUGGCAGAUGCCCAUGACUAUCGAAUGGGACUGGGCAGACAUGUCGAAUAACUUUCCCGUAUUCGGCAGCGAUCCCAACGGAGGGACGCCAAAUGGAUCGUAACAUGGCUAGCCAUGACGAGACAAAUCCUUGCAGCAGCAAGUGACAAAGAAUCCGGGGAGUGAUAUGAUACCAUAUUCUCAGUUCAUACAUACUUUUAGCUAGCGGAGUCCACGGCGUCCCACAUCCACACACACACACAUACAUACAUGCGUUACAUACAUACCUCUCCCCUUCGUUCUUCAUCUUCUCUUCUCAUACCUUAAUUUCUUUCACACUUUCUAUUCGUGUCAUUUACUUGGCGUUCCCCCAAAAGUCCAGGACCACACCACACCACACCCCACUC